CGCUAUGAAGCCAAGGCAGCCACGGAGAGUUUGAGGAGAAACCUCCAAAACAGACGGACACAACACAGGCAAAUUCACUAGGUCAACCUCUCCUUGAAAGUCUCCCUAUUUUUAACCACCGGGGACAGCCCAGACCCCCCCUUUUCAGUUAGGCUAUUUGUUUUCCUUCCUUGGACAAAACCAGAGCUCCAGUGGGGGACUGUCUCAUGGAGUCGCUUCCUUACUCAGACGUCGAUUGCAGCCUCAGAGCGUUGGCCGGCCGUGCCGAGGGUUUCGGCCGCUUCUCCCUCGGUGGCCUCCACGGACCCCUCUAUUUCGUCACCUCAUUGAACGAUGAUGGGCCAGGAUCACUUCGUGAGGGUUGUCGUAAAAAGGAACCACUCUGGAUUGUUUUUGAAGUUUCAGGCACCAUUCAUCUCUCAUCUUACUUGAAUGUGUCAUCUUACAAGACAAUUGAUGGACGUGGCCACCGGAUAAAACUCACAGGUAAAGGCUUGAGGCUGAAGGAAUGUGAACAUGUAAUCAUAUGCAAUCUGGAGUUCGAAGGUGGUAGAGGACAUGAUGUUGAUGGCAUACAAAUAAAACCAAAUUCUAAGCACAUAUGGAUAGACCGAUGUAGCCUGCGUGAUUAUGAUGAUGGACUUAUUGAUAUAACAAGACAAAGCACAGAUAUUACUGUUUCUAGAUGUUACUUUGCACAACAUGACAAAACAAUGCUUAUUGGAGCAGACCCCACUCACAUUGGUGACAGAUGCAUUAGAGUGACCAUUCACCAUUGUUUCUUUGAUGGGACACGUCAAAGACAACCUCGUCUUAGAUUUGGUAAAGUUCAUCUGUACAACAAUUACACCAGAAACUGGGGCAUAUAUGCUGUUUGUGCUAGUGUGGAAUCACAGAUAUACUCUCAAUGCAACGUCUAUGAAGCAGGACAGAAGAAAAAAACUUUUGAAUAUUAUACAGAAAAGGCAGCAGACAAGAAAGAGGCCAAGUCUGGCUUGAUAAGGUCUGAAGGGGACUUGUUCCUGAAUGGAGCUCAAGCAUGCUUACUAACCGGGGUUGGUGAAGAAUGCAUGUUCCAUCCAAGUGAAUUUUAUCCAACAUGGACAAUGGAAUCUGCCUCGGAUUCUUUGAGAACUGUUCUCCAAAUCUGCGCAGGUUGGCAAUCCAUUCCAAGGCCACCCGAGCAAGUGGUGGUUUCUUAGAACAUGCAAAACAUACUUUCUCUAUGGAUUUAAACUGUUUGGAGUUGAAUCAAUUUAUUCCAGUAGGUUUGACUAAAGUACAACAAUGAACCAUGAAGGGGUAGAGAUAACCUUUGAAAUGAAGUAUUGUAAUAUCUGACUGUUACACGGAUAUACAAAAAUUAGUUCAGGUACUAGUUAUGAAAAUGUUAAACAUUCUGUGCCAUAUUGAAUUAUAAAACAUCUAGGGCAGACAUUGGGAUACA